GAACAAUUUCUAUCCAUGACGAAACUCACCACCAGCCAGGAGUUCUCGUCCAGCCGCAGAGAUCCGGCUGCAGAGAAGGCGAGGGCCGUGGGCGCCCAGGCGGCGCUGAUCCCUGGGGACUCGCUGCUGGAAGAGCUCAUCGCUCCGGCCAGGUCGUCCGUCGGCGUGGAGCUGCUGACCAGGAUGGGCUGGAAGGAGGGCCAGGGCAUCGGGCCGCGCCUGAAGAGGAAACCCCGGCUCCAGCUGCCAGUGACAGCCGGAGUUUGUAAAACCUACAGCUGUGCUCUGCCCCCUGCUGGGUCGGAGGAGUCAGAGGAGGACGACGAGGAGUUUGCUCCAGAGGAUGUGACCUUUGCCCCUAAGGAUGUGACUCCAGUGGACUUCAGCCCGCGGCUGGGGGUGCAGGGCCUGGGGUACCGUGGUCUGGACCCGUGCCUGGCGCUGCCGGGCCAGGACGCGGAUCGGCACGUCCACCUGUUCCGGCCCCAGUCCGAGACCCGGAGCCGGCUGUUUGGAGACCGACCCGGCGGGUCCAGGAGGGGAGGGGUUGCCGGGCAGGCGUUCGGUGUGGGAGCGCUGGAGGACGAGGACGAAGACGUCUAUCACAGAGACUCCAUGUCCAGAUACGACACGGUGCUGAGAGACGAGGAGCCUGGAGACGGUCUGUACGGCUGGACGGCUCCGCAGCAAUACACCCGGAGGACAGACAGAUCUAGAGACGCGGCGUACCUGGGGAAGAUCCUGGACGGGUUCACUCUGGCCCAGAAGCCUGUGGAGCAGAAAACGGUCUUCCCUCCACCAAACCUCCCCAGAGACUACCGUCCCGUCCAUUUCUUCCGUCCUCCAGUGGACGUGUCCAGGCUGUGUGGGGUCAGCCCGGCGCUGGCCGAGGCCCUCAGGAGCUCCAGGGGCCACAUGGUGAAGGAGGAGGCGCAGCAGGGCGGCCGCCACCAGCUGGACUCUGGCCAGAGGGGGGCGCUGCUGGGAGAGGACGCCCUGCAAGGUUCUGGUUCUGGACCUGGUUCUGUCAUGGACCUGCUGCGACCCGAGGACCGCCAGCGCCUGCUCAGCCUCCGGACCGCCACCGCCCAGAGGCCCUCCCAGGCUCCGCCCCCCGGGCCGGCUCCGCCCCUCUCCGGCCUCCAGCAGGAGGCGCUGGUGGCCUGGAGAGGCUCCUCCUCUUCCUCCUCCUCUUCCUCGCAGAGCUUCAAGCCGUUUGAGAACACGCCGGGGAAGCAGGCGCGCUAUGAGCGCUACCUGAGCCGUCUGCAGCAGGGCGACGCAGGCGCCCUGGAGCAAAGUCUGGACCCGGCCAUGACGGAGUGGGAGCGCGGCCGCGAGCGUGAGGAGUUCCUCAGGGCCUCCAUCUUGUACCGGCCGUCUUCCUCCUCGCUGUCGACCCGCUUCACCCACGCCCAGCAGCCGGACGCCGAGGACGCCGGCCGCGACCAGCAGGGCGACGGCCAGCAGGCGGCUAGCGAGACGUUUGGGAAGCUGACCAGAGAGACUCUGGAGUGGCAUCCGGACCGGCUGAUGUGCAAGAGGUUCAACGUCCCCGACCCGUAUCCCGGGUCGGCGCUGGUCGGGCUGCCGAAGGUCAAAAGGGACAAGUUCUCCGUGUUUGACUUCCUGACGGUCUCGGAGCACCAGGAGGCGACAGCUCCUCCAAAGCCUCUGGAGGAGAAGAAGUCCAGGUGGGACGUUUCCAAGGAGACGGGCCGCACCCAGAACCAGGCCGGGUCCGAACCCACCGGGCCAGCGCCGGACCACCGCCCAUCUCCUCCUCAGGGGGCGCCAGCAGAGCUGCACACAGCCAAGGAGGAGGAGGAGGAGGAAGAGGAAGAGCGGCCUUCCAUGGAUCUGUUCAGAGCCAUCUUCAUCACCUCCUCCGAGGAGCAGUCCUCCUCUUCAUCAGAGGAAGAUGGUGAUGAAGACGAGGAGGCAAAGGGAGACGAAGAACCAGUGAAGCUGUUUGGCAUCGCCUCCUCUCCCUCCUCCAGCCGCCUCGCAGGUCCUGUCCUCUCGUCCUCUGUGGAUUUUCCCAGCAUGCCUCUGGCUCUCAGCUCCUCUUCCGCCCAGAUGCCGAGCCGGGAGGAAGAGGAGGAGUUUGGACCCAAGCUGCCGCCUCCUUCAGCAGCUGACGCCACAGGAGGCGCCACCGCCUCCUACCAGAGGAGCAACAGGAGGAGCAAAGAGAAGAAGCAGAAGAAGAAGCAGCAGAAACACAGGAAGGAGAAGAAGAAGAAGAAACACAGGAAGCACAAGGCGAAGCAGCAGAAGAAGAGUCGGGAGGAGGAGUCCAGCAGCUCUGAGGACGGCGAAGGCGUUCAGCCGUCCACAGGCGACCUGCUGAAAAGGCUAAAGAGCAUCCGGACCCCGAACACCUGGUGACCCACAGAGUCUCUCUUCUUCUGCUGUCUAAUAAACACCUGAAUCAUCUGA